AUGUCGCUAAUCCGUGAAAAGGUGGGUUUCGAUCCUUCUGGAGACGUUUUCUUACUCCUUGAGAGAACGGAUAUCACCCCUACCGAUGACGUUACACCUCAUCAACCAACCGGCGAUGCUCCUGCCCAUCAUGCUCCCGCCGAUGCCUCUGGCCAUGAUGUUCCUGCCGACGAUGCUCCUACCGAUGGAAUCUCCAUUGACCAAAGUGUCGUUGAAAUAUCAAAGCAUCUAAAUGACGCAGAUGGAGAUCCAUCAGCAAAACUAGCCAGACGCGAAGUUGAAGUACAAGUGUCUUCGAAACACCUUUCACUCGCAUCCAAGGUGCUUUGUCAUUGCCUGGAGGGCCUUCCAAUAGGUGACAAAGACGUCAGGACAAUUCCUCUCCCGCAUGAUGAUUUUGGCGCUAUGCAAAUUCUGCUGAAUAUCAUUCACGGCUUAACAAAAAGAGUUCCAAGGCAGGUGGACGUGGCGGUGCUGUCUCGAGUCGUCGUCUUGAUAGAUAAGUACGAGUUCCACGAAACUGCUGAAGUCUUCACGGACAUUUAG